AACAAAACAAAACACACUCUUAACAAAUCCACGGUUGGACAUAUGUCGUCCCAACUACUUCUUUUGAACUCUCCCAAUACUCACAACUGCUCUCAAAUUAUAACCACCGCCACCGCCACCGCCACAACACCCGCCCUCUCCACCGCCGGAUUCACCUAGGGUUUAUCCCAUUCGUUCUCCCCUUACCCCUUCAUACAAAAAAAAAAUCAUUUCCAGAGGUAAAAUAGAAACCAGGAGAAAGCCUUUUUCUUAUUACAUUGCAUUAAAUAAAUGUCUGAUUUCAGAUCCGCCUUCUAAAAAAUUAUUAAAAAAAAAAAAAAAGAGAGAGAAACUGAAUCUCUUUUAUGCUCUCUCUAAAACCUUCAGUCUAUAAUUGAAGAAAAAGAGAUACUAUGAAACAAGACAACACUACUCAAAAGAGAGGCAGCGGCGGAGGCGGAGGAGGAGGUCUACCAACCACCGCCAACGGCAGAGUUGUUGGUGGUGGCCGUUCAGCAAUGCCACGUGGCAGACAGAUCCAUAAGACGUUCAACAACAUCAAGAUUACUAUUUUAUGCGGUUUCGUUACCAUUCUUGUCCUCAGAGGCACAAUCGGUAUAGGAAGUCUCACUAGCUCUGAUGCUGAAGCUAUUAAUCAGAAUUUAAUCGAAGAGACUAAUCGGAUAUUGGCUGAGAUCCGAUCCGAUAACGAUCCGACCGACCCGGAUGAGCCUCCAGAGCUUGAGAUCAACCCUAAUGUUACCUACACUUUAGGUCCUAAAAUUGAAAAUUGGGAUCAGGAGCGUAAGGUAUGGCGUAAUCAAAACCCUGAAUUUCCUAGUUUUGUUAAUGGGAAGCCUAGGAUUUUGCUUUUAACCGGGUCACCGCCCAGCCCGUGUGAUAACCCGAUUGGGGACCAUUAUUUGUUGAAAGCUAUCAAGAACAAGAUUGAUUAUUGUAGGAUUCAUGGGAUUGAGAUUGUUUAUAAUAUGGCUCAUUUGGAUAAAGAAUUAGCUGGGUAUUGGGCCAAAUUGCCAAUGAUUAGGAGAUUGAUGCUUUCACAUCCUGAAGUCGAGUGGAUUUGGUGGAUGGAUAGUGAUGCUAUGUUUACUGACAUGGUUUUCGAGAUCCCAUUAUCCAAGUACGAUAAGCAUAAUUUAGUGAUUCAUGGGUACCCUGAUUUGUUGUUUGAUCAAAAGUCUUGGAUUGCUUUGAAUACUGGGAGUUUCUUGUUUAGGAAUUGUCAGUGGAGUUUAGAUUUGCUUGAUGCUUGGGCUCCCAUGGGCCCUAAAGGAACAAUAAGGGAGGAGGCUGGUAAGAUUUUAACUGCUAAUUUGAAAGGGCGGCCUGCGUUUGAGGCUGAUGAUCAGUCAGCUUUGAUUUACUUGCUGCUUUCGCAGAAGGAUCAAUGGAUGGAUAAGGUGUAUAUUGAGAAUCAGUACUAUUUACAUGGUUAUUGGGCAGGGUUGGUAGAUCGGUAUGAGGAGAUGAUGGAAAAGUACCAUCCAGGAUUGGGUGAUGAGAGGUGGCCUUUUGUUACUCAUUUUGUUGGUUGCAAGCCUUGUGGGAGCUAUGGGGACUAUCCUGUUGAGCGGUGCUUGAAAAGCAUGGAAAGGGCCUUCAAUUUUGCUGAUAACCAGGUGCUUAAGUUAUACGGAUUUGGGCAUAGGGGAUUAUUGAGCCCCAAGAUCAAGAGGAUCAGGAAUGAGACAGUGACUCCCUUGGAGUAUGUAGACCAGUUUGAUAUUCGCCAUUCAGUGCAUGGAAGCAGCAGAUGAGGGAGAAAAUGGAUCAGAGAACUAGGGAGUGAAAUACUUUCACUGUGCCAUAAUUUGUAGGUAAUGUAAUUCCUCAGUCAAAGGCAGAUUUAAAUUUGAUAACAGUUUACAUUUUAAGUGAGUUUCCUUGCUAAGUUAUCUUGGUUCUGCUUCUGCGAACAAAUGGUAGAAUUCUUUGAUUGACAUCUACAUUUCUUCUUGUGUUUGAGUAAUCAAUGAAGAGAAUUUAUAAUCAAA